AUGGACCUUCACUCCGCGGUGUCGAUGGGCAAGUUUGAUCCUAUAGUGCGCCCUCGGCCAGAUGGCCUUCAACUAAGGUAUUGGGAUGUCUUUUACCAAUUCCCUCAUCGCGUGUACGAUUCCAAGGUCUACCCGAUACAGAGCCCCAACGGCUCCACGGUCAUAAUAUAUGGCCAUGACUUUGGCAUACGGAUACUAUGGCGAAGCGGCAAGAACUUCAAGAGACAAAAUGCCCAGAAAGCGGAAGCAGGAGGGAAUAACCUUGUCAAUGGCGUUGAGAACGAUUCUAUCAUGAUAAUCGACUCCGACGACGAGGAACCAGCUGCGGCACAACAGCCAGAAAUCACACUUCCAGAGUUUGAGGAGGAUGAGGAAGAGCUUGACCCAUCGAGACCAUUCGAGAAUAUCAUCCAACACACCGAUAUUAAACUGAAUAUGAAAGUCUUGGGUAUUUCAGUACCGAGCAUUCUUCCAGGCGCGGCGCGUUUUCUCGGCUCGAUCUCACCCAUUCUAUCAAAUAUGAUAGUGGUGACUGCUGUUUGUGGUGACUCCUCGGUGCGCGUCGUUUCUGUCCCGCUCACACCACCUCCUCCAGGCCAUGCGGAUGCUGAAUACUGGAAACCUCAAAUUAUCAGUCUAGGAGAAGGCUCUGUUCAAGGUGUCCCGGCUACCUCCGCUCUCACCUUUACCUGUCAGACACUGAACAUCGAAGACAGCAAUCGCCGACCCCAGAGCCGUGGACGUGCCAGCCAAGAAGCUUCCACCUCUAACGAUACAUGGGAACUCCUGGUAGCCAUCCACACGUCAGACGCGGCUGGGAAGCUCUCCAUAUAUCGUAUCCCUUUCAACAGACAGAGAGCGCAAGGAAAUUUAUACAGCAUCUCCACCGAACCACAAUUACCGAUCCGACAGCAAUAUCUUAAAUCCCCAGCAAGCAGCAUUUCCUUUUCUCCGUGCCAAUAUCCAUCGGCUCGUCAUUCACAGCUACUGUUGUCGUUCACAGACGGCUCCGUGAAGAUUUAUUCUUGUUUAUCCGAACCACGGUCGCACACUCUUGAUAGAAACCGUUCGGGAACGAGUACGGAAUCCAACGACACGGCUGGAAGGUGGCUUAUCUCUAUCUACACUGAAUUCGAUCAAUUACCUGGGGCAGUCCCUCGCCGCAAAUCGAUAGUCGACGCAAAGUGGGCUCUUGGUGGCAAAGGUGUUAUCGCGUUGUUGUCUAAUGGUGAAUGGGGAGUCUGGGAUAUCGAAGCUACUCAGGGCGAGCCUACUCACCAGAGUAAAUCAACUAGCUCCCUUAGCUCCUUUGCGAUAACCGGGCGUGUUGCACCAUCUGAACGCACUCCCAGAUCACAAAGCCAUGCUGACCCGUCGGGUUCUCAAGCACCGCAAUUCGCCCCCUUAACGCCAUCCACCCGUCGCAUUCGGGAGGAAGCAUUGUUCAAAGGGACACCAAACACCACAGGCCAGCAUGCUACCAGGGGCGGGAUCUGUAUCGUUCCGUCAAACCAAACCUGGGAUCAACCUGCUGAUGAGUCAGUGCUCGUCUGGCAUGGCACGCGAAACACAUAUAUCCCAAGCCUCCUCGGUCUCCGACGGAGUAAUGGGAAACAUGGGUUAUUUAACAACAACCCGACCAGCCCGCGACCAGUCCUUAUUGAAAACAUCCAUCUACUCGGCGAGGUGCAAAAGGGAAUACAAUUCAUUUCUCUACCUCUACCUAAUGACGAGCGCGGCACUAUCUCUAAACCAACUAUUCUCAUCACUGCAGAACAUAGGCUCAUCAUCCUUGCGGAAAACCCUUUGGAGUCAGUGGAAACUGAGCAAACAUCCCAGUCACAAGGUGACACCCCCAUGAUUCAAGAUGACCAAACCAUGCUUCAGCGAGGAGAAUUAGACCUGACAGGCAUGGGUCGAGUCUUGGCUGGCAUGGCGGGCGGCAGCGAACUGUCAUUCAACCGAAGCAUGCAAGGCAGCGGUCUAUUUUCAUGA